UUCAACAACAAUCAUAACAAGAUAUUAGUUAUAAACAAACGCCCCAAGAAAACAAAGCAAAGAUGCUGUGCCAAAGCCAUAGUAUGCUUCUGCUGGCCCAACUGCUGCUGCUGCCAAUGCUGCACGCUCUUCCCGUCUCCAGUCCCGAGAUUGCCAACAAAUCAAACAAGUCACCGAACAGCGUGCUCGCUCAGCAGCAGACACAACAGCUGAAAACGAGCAGCUCCGGCGGUCAGGAUGCGCAUCUCAAUUCGUUGAGUGCCUUUGCCAGCAGCUACGACAGCCUCGCCUCGGCUCAGGCCCAAGCGCAAUUGCAGCCAACGGCUGAGAUCGGAUUCAAGCCCUCGUACAAGAUGCCCGAAAUGGAGACGAACUUCACGCCCAUGCAGGGCAGCGAUUCUGCCACUUUGUCCAACAUGCCCAGCACACCGAUGCUGAUGCAGUAUUUGCCAGCACAGACGCUUCAGGAUGGCAGCGGCACCGUACAGUAUCUGCAGUUGAUACCCACGCGUCCCAUCAUUGUGCCCAUCAGUCCGUUUCUAACGGCAGCCGCAGCAUCCAAUAAUGGUGGCGUUCAACCACCGCCGCCACAACUCAACCCGAAUUUGGGGGCAACACCCGACUUUGCCACACGCAGCUCAGCGGUGCAGCUGAGCGCUUUGCCCGCCAACACUGGAGUCACUGGGUUGCACUAUGCCGCUGCCGGGCUGCAGGGCUAUGCGAAUGCCAUUAGUCCGGUGGCUGGGUAUCGCAGCAGCUAUCGUAUUAAUCGCGAAACCAAGGACAAACACUUUCCGCCCACGUUCAGUCUCAAUAUGAACGAGUAUCUGCCAUCGGGGGCGGGGGGUCAUGAUACGGUCACAGCGGGAGCAGCAUCGCAUCCUCAUACCCAUCUCUAUAUCCGAGCCAGGCCAUAAUGUUAUGAUUGUUGUCGUCGUUCAAAUUCAAAGCACUCCAAAGCCAAGUUUGUUGUUUAAGUCUUUUGUUUUUUUUUUGCUCCCCUUAGCUCUUAAGAAGCAUAAUUGUCAUAUUAUUGAAUGGCCACGAAUAAAUUAUAGACCUUAAAAGCCAGAGAGUGCUCAACUCGUAAAUACCCUAUAAUCAUUGUUAUAUAUUUUACAUUACAUUCAUUUUGUAAACUUCUUAAAAGAAUAAAUCUG